AUGAGUGAUAGAGAAAUUACAUCGCAAAUAGAAACUGCCGCUGGAAAUACUGAGAGUUCCUCUGAUGAAGAAAGCUACUCUAAAGGAAGCAACGAAAGCAACUUUGACAGCAGUGAGGAUGAAGAUGAUGGGUUAGUGUACUAUGAGCAAACGAUUCGUGAUAUUUCCAAAGGUGAUCGUUAUACAUGCAUGAUUUGUACUAUAGAGAUGGAUUAUACUUGCAAGAUGUAUGCUUGCCAGAGUUGCUAUAGGGUGUUCGAUUAUGAAUGUAUACAAGAAUGGGCCGAAAAAUCUGCCUCAAAGACGAUAGAUAAAGUUUGGAAAUGUCCAAACUGCAGUCAUUCUAGCAAACAAAUACCAUUGAGAAAUAGGCCAACUUGUUGGUGUGGGAAAGUGAUAAACCCAGACCCUAAUGAAUUAAGCCCUAAUUCAUGCGGACAGACAUGUAAUAAAAAGACAUGUGUCCAUGGUUGUAAAAACUUUUGUCAUUUGGGACCCCAUGGUGAAUGUAGUGUCAUUACAACUUUGAAAUGUAAAUGUGGUAGAAAUGAAAAAGAUAUAUUUUGCCAUCAACUAAAAAAAUCGAAUAAGAAUAAUGUUUAUCAAUGUAAUGAGGUUUGUCAAUUACCAUUAGCUUGUGGGGUUCAUAAAUGUAAAAGAGUUUGCCAUUCAGGAUUAUGCGGUGCUUGUCCAGAGAUUUUGUCUAGUGAACAAAUUCAAUCAGUAGAAUCGAACGAGAACAGAAAGUUUAAAUGUUACUGUGGAGAAAAUAGUAAGAAUGAAAUUAUGUGCAAGAAGUUAGCAAUUACUGGAACAUUUUCAAAAAAUAGUGAAGGAGAUAAAUGGAUUGGGACAUUUGCAUGCAAAACCAGAAGAAUUGUAUUUUAUGCCUGUAAUGAACAUUCUUUUAUUGAACCAUGCCAAGCACAACUAAGCAUUUCAGGAAAGAAAAUAUGUCCUUAUACACCAAAGUUACUUAACUCCUGUCCAUGUGGAAAGACAUCACUGAAACAACUUGCACAAAAAAGGAAGAAAUGUACUGAUCCUAUUCCUACAUGUGAAAAUCGAUGUGGUAAAGCUUUAAAGUGUGGCAAACAUACUUGCCCUUAUAUAUGUCACAAUGGAUCAUGCAUGGAUCCUUGUAUUCAAUUAGAAGUUACAAAUUGUUCUUGCUUACAGAAACAUUUCUUAGUUCCUUGUAAUUUUGAACAAACACCAAAAUGUACCUUUAAAUGUGAAUCAUUAAUGUCAUGUCGCCGUCAUCGUUGUCCCAAAAAAUGUUGCACCGGAAAGCCAGAAGCUGAUAAACGUAAAAAAAUGUUAUUAACAAGGGAAGAACUGAAUGAUGAAUCUUUGGUUGAAGCUGUUCAUAUAUGUUUGAAGGAGUGCAAUUUAAAACUAUCUUGUGGUAUACAUGAUUGUACUAGAAAAUGCCACCCAGGUAGAUGUCCUUCAUGCUUAAUCAGCGAUUCAAAUGAUUUAGUUUGUCCAUGUGGAAAGACAGUCAUCGAGGCACCUGUAAGGUGUGGCUCCAAACUUCCACCCUGCCCCUUCGAAUGCAUCAAAGUCAUUGAAAGAUCUUAUCCAUGUGGCCAUAAACCACCUCCACAUCAAUGCCAUCCUUCAACAGAACCCUGUCCUCCAUGUACGGCAGUUGUAGAAAGACCUUGUAAGUGUGGUAAACAUCAUGCUGUGAAAGCUGUAUGUUUUCAAGAAUUCGGUUCAUGUGGUGAAAUAUGCAACAAGGAAUUAGAGAAUUGCCACCAUAAAUGCCAAUAUAAAUGCCAUGAGAUUGGUCAAUGUCAAAAAAGUUGUAAACAAGUGUGCAACAAGGAUAGGGCUAAUUGUAACCACCAAUGCAAAUCAAAAUGCCAUGGUUCAUCACCCUGUCCAGAUGUUCCGUGUAAUGAAGUCACCAAGGUAUCUUGUAAAUGUGGAAGAAAACAAGAAUAUAGGAAGUGUUAUGCAACACUUGAUAAUAGCAGUGCCUCAAUCGAACUAUUACCAUGUGAUGAAGAUUGUGAGGCACAUGCAAGACAUUUGCAAUUAAGAGAUGCAUUUGGAUAUGAUAGUAGCUUAGACACAUCUAAUAAAAAUAUACAAGAUAUACAAUCUUUGAUGGAAAAGGUAAGUACAUACGAGGAAUUAAGGUUACCAUAUCCUCAGUCAGUAAUCUCAACAUAUUCCAAACAGAUUAAAUGGUGUUCUCAAAUUGAAGAUAUCCUUCGGAAAUUCGUUUUAGAUAAGGCAAAGAAUAAUUUGCAUUUCAAACCAAUGAAGCCAGCCCAAAGACAUUUUGUUAGAGAACUUUCUACAUCAUUCAAUUUAUAUUCUGAAUCUCAAGAUCCUGAGCCUAAAAGAUCAGUGUUCGUAAAAAGAAAAGUGGAUACAAGGAUACCAAAUAUUUCCUUAGAGGAAGUAUUACCUUUAUGGACAGGGUUUAAAAAGUUAGAAAAAGAAAGAAAAAUACAACACUUUGAAUCUACCAGUCAAAGAAAAUAUAUCAAUUAUGAACCGAAGGAAGUAAUUGUAAAAUCUAGUAAUGAUACGAAUGGAUUUUUUAUUAAAAAAAUAUCACCAGGUAUCACCGAGGAAGAUCUUUCAGAAGUUUUUGGAAAAGCUUUGAAAUCAACUUUAAUUAAAAAUGUUUGUUAUAAAAUAUUACCUGAAUCUUCCGAUGCCAUUAUCUAUCCGGAGCAGUAUAAUAGUAUUACUGAAAGCGUUCAUCAAGAUUUGGAGGUAUUGGUUGGACAUUUCGAUUUUAUCGGAAAGGAAGCAUUGAUAUUUGAUAGCAUCAUGUUGUGCAAUGUAGAAGGUUACAUAAAUCAAAUAUCUGAUUGUACUGACACUGAUAAAGAAAAAGACAGCACUUCAACAUCCAAUGAAUAG